AUGGGGCGGAAGUUGGACCCCACCAAGGAGAAGCGCGGCCCUGGGCGCAAGGCCCGAAAGCAGCGGGGGGCCGAGGUGGAACUGGCUCGUUUCUUGCCACCAGAGCCAGAGACCGGCAAGAAGAAGCUCUCCAGUCACGGCCGGAAAAGGGCUGCGAAGAGGCGACUGGGAGCGGGCAGUACCCCGGCGAGAAGGAGGGCGCUUGGAGGAGGCCGGGAGCCGGCGGUUGAUAAACAGGUAUCUUCUCAGAAGAAGAAAGGUGCCAUAAAGGCAGCAGGACAAACGCCUUGUGGCCGGUCUGGCUUUACUGAUGGUAACUCAAAGUGGUUGGCUCCAGCCAAAGCCAAGAAAAUCCCAUCUAAAGGAAAUAAUGAGUUAUCUAGUGAUGGUGAGGUGGAAGACUGCAGCUGGGAGAUGGAGGAGGAUGAGGAUGGGAGCAGUGAGGAGAUGGUGGAUGAUUAUGGUGCCUCAUCAUCAGAGGAAGAAGAGUUGCUGCCUAUUGAAAAAGCUGCCCUGAAGCAGAAGUCUGACAGGGGAGGCCUCAAUGAGGAAGACAGUGAAGAGGAGGAAGAAGAGGAAGAAGAGGAGAUGGCAGAGGAGGAGAGCAAGCAAAAAAUUGGACAGAAAGAGGAAGAAAAUCUGGAUCUGCAGCUCAACCUGGAUGAAGAUGAACAAUUUAAGCUACCAAGUGAUGAACAGAUGGAGAAGGAGACUGCUGAGCCACCUGACCUGCACACCAUUCACCAGCGCAUCAAGGGGAACCUGGAGGUGCUGCAGGACUUCGUGGGGAAGCGGGAGGAGGGCCGCUCGCGGCAGGAGUACCUCUCCGUGCUGCGCCGGGACAUGGCUGCCUACUACUCCUACAGCGACUUCUUGCUGACCAAGCUCAUGGAUAUCUUCCCACUCCCAGAGCUGGUAAACUUCCUGGAAGCCAAUGAAGUUCCUCGCCCCAUGACCAUUCGCACCAACACGCUCAAGACCCGGCGCCGGGACCUGGCACAGGCUCUAAUCAACCGUGGUGUGAACCUUGAUCCCCUGGGGAAGUGGUCGAAAACAGGGCUUGUUAUUUAUGACUCCUCCGUGCCCAUUGGUGCCACCCCUGAGUAUCUGGCUGGGCACUACAUGCUGCAAGGAGCCUCCAGCCUCCUGCCUGUCAUGGCUUUGGCUCCACAGGAGAACGAACGCAUCCUAGACAUGUGCUGUGCUCCAGGGGGCAAGACCAGUUACAUAGCUCAGCUGAUGAAGAACACAGGAAUGAUUUUAGCCAAUGACAGCAACGCCGAGCGGCUGCGCAGCGUGGUGGGGAACUUGCACCGGCUGGGGGUCACCAACACGGUUGUGAGCAACUGCGAUGGACGGCACUUCCCCAAGGUUCUUGGAGGGUUUGACCGUGUCUUGCUUGAUGCCCCUUGCAGCGGGACUGGUGUCAUUUCCAAGGAUCCUGCUGUCAAAACCAACAAGGAUGAGAAGGACAUCCUGCACUGCGCUCACCUGCAGAAGGAGCUGAUUCUUAGCGCUAUAGAUUCAGUCAAUGCUGCCUCAGAGACAGGAGGCUACAUUGUCUACUGCACUUGCUCCAUCACAGUCGAGGAGAACGAAUGGGUUGUGGAUUAUGCCCUGAAGAAACGCAACGUUCGCUUGGUGGCCACGGGCCUGGACUUUGGCAAAGAAGGCUUCACCAGGUUCAAGGGCCGUCACUUCCACCCCUCCCUCAAGCUGACACGGCGUUUCUACCCCCACACACACAACAUGGAUGGCUUCUUCAUCGCCAAGUUCAAGAAAUUUUCUAAUGCCAUUCCCCAGGCACCAAAAGAUGAAGAACCUGCUGUGGAAGCAGCAGCUCCAUCCACUGUCUGUGAUGCCGUCACAGAGCCUCAGGCAAAGAAGAAGAAACUUGAGGGAUCAAAAGUUGAGAAAGAACAGAAGCUGCCACAGCCUGCUUUGAAGAAGAGACAUUCAUCACAGGCACAGAGGAGACCUGUGAAGGCUGGCCGUCCUGCUCCCAAAAAGCUGCGUUCUCAAGUCCCUGCUAGGAAGAAGCAGAGAGUGAAACCAGAUGGACAGUGAGAGGAACUGCUUUUGCAGGUGCUGGUCCCCUCCUUGAAGAGCAAAGGCCAGAAGCUGCUGCAGCUGUGCAUGGACCACCUCAU